AUGAGCAUUCCAAUUAUUGACCUUUCCGCGAUUAACGAACGUGGUACGCCAGCAAGGCAGGACCUCGCAAAGCAAGUCGAAAGUGCAUGCCAAACGUACGGCUUCUUUCAAAUUACCGGUCAUAAGAUACCGCAGUCGCUGCUUGAUGAAGCUCUUGAACAAAGCCGGUCAUUCUUCUCGCUUCCUCUCGACGUGAAGGAGAAGUAUGAUAAGAAUCUCGGUGGCUUCAACCGUGGAUACGAGCGACUUCGUGCUCAGAAUUUCGAAAAGAGAACGGCUGGUGAUCUGAAAGAAGGUUACUACUUUGGCAAGCACCUACCAGAGACACACCCCAAAGUUCUCGCCAAAAAGUUCAAUCUCGGCCCCAAUAAAUAUCCUGGCGCUGUCAGCGACCCAGCCAAAUUUCGAGAUGUUAUCGACCGCUAUCACGAUGCGAUGCUUGGACUCGCAGAGCAACUUGUAAGAUUGAUUUGUGAGACACUAGUGAUUGAUGACAGCUGGGUCCCCGAGUUUGUCGAUACACCUAUCGCCGUAUUACGACUGCUGCACUACCCCCCGCAGGAACCCCACGCAUCUGAGUGGGAACGAGGUAUUGGAGCGCAUACCGACUUUGGAGCCGUGACUAUUUUGUUACAAGACCUUGUCGGAGGUCUGCAGGUUUGGGACCGUGUUAAGUGCCAAUGGACGGAUGUGACACCGCAGCGAGGUGCUUUGGUUGUCAAUUUGGGAAAUCUCAUGAUGAGAUGGACUAACGAUCGCUAUGUCUCGAAUCUUCAUCGGGUCAUUAAUAAGUCCGGAAAGGAACGGUAUAGUAUUCCUUUCUUCUUUUCAGGCAACCCGGACUUUGUGGUCCGGUGUUUCGAAAAUUACCAGGCGAGCACUAAGGACGCUAAAUACCCCCCGAUUACAGUAGGGGAAUGGGUUUCUGGCAGAUAUGCUGAUACAUAUGGCACGUCGAAGGAGAAGGCUGUUGGAGAACUAUCUUCAACGGAGGCUACUGCUGCUGGGACCCAAACCUAUGCUGCAUAG